AUGACCUGGUACGUGGUAAAAUUUGAUGAUGAGGACACAGUUGAAGCUGUACCUGACAUAUGGUACAUGAAAAAAAAUUCACAAUGCUAUUGGCCUCCUGGAGGCACUACAAAACAUAUUAUAGUAGACUUUAUAAAAAAAAAGCAAUCUCCUGGAGCCGACUGGGCACUCUAUGAAGCAAACCUUUUAGGCAGCUAUGACAAUUAUAAAAUAGCACAAAAAAAAGCCAAUAAAGCUAAAAACACAAAUAAUCUCUCCUCUAAUAACGAAGAAUUGAAAAGGAAAUAUAGACGUAGGAGCACGAAAAAAAGCCAUCAUAAAGAAUCUGAAAAUGAAUAUGAAUUAUCCUCUGAAACCGAAGUAUCCUCGGAUGAUGUUAUAUAUCCUGUUCCAACUCCAAUAGAAAAAACUCAAUUAAGUGGGAUUAAUGUCACUGAUAAAAAUGAUCAGUUGAAAGCUUCUACCUCUGUUACUACGUCUAAUAAGUCUGAAAAUCUAUUUGCAACAUCACAGCAGCCUACUUCGACUCUUCAACAGAAUAAUGAAUAUCAAAAACGAGUUCUAAGAGAAUUACACAUUCUUAGUUUAAAAAUGGACGAUAUUGUUGAAAAUAUGAGUCUUUUAUUCAAAAGUAAAAGAAAUGAAUCGCAAGACUUAACUUCGCAUGAGGAAAUUCUAGAUAUCACACGAUCAUUUCCGGUAAAUGAAAAUUCUUUAGCUCUGUUAGAAAACUGGUUGAUAGACUCUGAACAUAAGAAACUAUUGUCGCAGCAUUUAAGUCGUAUUGGAGGUAGUAACGUUAAAGAGAUUGUACGGCGCAUUAUGUAUCAUGUAUUUACUAACGAAGUUGGUAUGAUUUACUCUUGGGAAGGAGCAAAGAAAAAGAAAAUCUUCAAGGAUUUAGCUGUAGCAUCUACUAUUUUCUCUGCCGUACGACUCAAUAAGAAUACUAAUGAUUGCACAAAUGCAGAAAUUAUAAGUUUUAUAAAAGCAUGGCUUGUAAGAAGCAAAGAUCGGUUUAAUAAUAAUAACAAAAAUAAACCUGCAACUACUCAAGACGUUAAUGAGAACCCGCAGAUCAGUAACGGAGAGUAG